CCUCCUCACUAACCACUCUCCUCCUGUGAGACAGUGGCAAAUGACAUCAGAUACACACUACUGCAUGGAAAACUGGGCACAGAGGAUCAUUUAUGGAUGUGGACAUUUGGGGAUGAAUAAUAUCUCAACUGUGGAAGAACACUAAAGGGACAUCAGAAAUCACACCUUGUUAUACACCAAGCUUUUGUGCAGCAGGUUGAAAUGGAUCCUCUUCUGGAACAAGUUUUGGCGGGCUUUAACGCGACCCUCAGAGCUACCAAUCGGACAGACCCCCUGGAUAAAUUUUCAGGAACCCAGCUGCUUUUCCGUUUCAAACCUCUGUUUAUUCCACUCUACGCCUUGAUUGUUGUGGUUGCUGGUGUCGGGAACAGUUUCCUUCUUGCCUGCAUUCUGGCAGAUAAGAAGCUCCACAAUGCCACCAAUUUCUUCAUUGGGAACCUGGCAGCUGGGGACUUGUUGAUGUGCCUGAGCUGUGUGCCGUUGACGGCGUCAUAUGCCUUUGAUGCACAAGGCUGGGCAUUUGGCCGUCCGAUGUGCCACCUUAUUCCUCUGCUACAAGGUGCAACGGUCUUUGCCUCAGUAUUGUCCCUUACCGCCAUCGCCAUGGACCGCUACGUGGUGGUGGCAUACCCUGUGCGGAGGCGUAUCUCAGUGUGGGGCUGUGGCGCAGUGGCAGUGGGCGUCUGGGCAGUUUCGUUAGCCCUCGCUGCUCCUCCUUCCCUCCACACGCGCUACGUGGACCUGCGACCCAGUGGCAUGGAACUGGUGGUAUGCGAGGAAUUCUGGCUAGGAGCUGAUCGACAACGCCUACUCUAUUCCUGCUUCUUCUUGCUGGCAUCCUACAUGAUCCCCCUGCUGUCUGUAAGCAUCUCCUACUGUGCCAUCAGCGUGCACCUCCGCAAACACACGUUGCCUGGAGAGCCGACCCAUAGCCAGCAGAGAUGGAGCAAGCAACGACGCAAAACUUUCUCCCUUCUGGUGGCCUCCGUCCUCGCUUUUGCCCUUUGUUGGCUUCCGCUGCAAGUCCUCAACCUCCUCCUGGAUCUAGACUCAGAUUUCCAGAUAGUGGACAAGCGCUACGUCAACGUGCUGCAGGUCUGUUGCCACCUGAUCGCCAUGAGCUCAGCCUGCUACAAUCCCUUUAUCUAUGCCUCGCUGCACAGCAAGGUCCGAAUGCACCUGCGGGGUUACCUGUGCCCUUGCAGGCGUAGUGGACGGGAUCUAUUAUCUCAAUGCGCCUCCCGCAACCCUGCCACCUGCUUGACGCUCAUCUCGGAGGUAGCUGUGAAGGAGAGCCAAUCACCUGAGAGCCCAGUCCCGGACAGCUGCCUCUGAAGAUCCGCGGCACAUCAGCACAGACUAAUCAGAAGGAGCACUCAGACAUUAAGGGGGUUUUCGCAGCACUAGAGUGGUAUUCCAGCCAAUAUUCGAUGUUCUUAUAUGAGAACGAAGGCUUUUUUUUUUGUUGUUGUUGUUGGUAGUAGGCUUUUCUUUCAUGAGAACUAAAGAGAAUACUCAGGCUCUCAGCUUUGUUUUGAUGUUUCUGUGGACAUUAGUUAUCCAGGCUCAAGAUUCCCUCAUACAUCCCUUUGACCUUGGAUGAAAACUGCUGAUACUAAACACAAAAUUACAGAGCAGCUUUUACUGGAGGUGUAAAAGAAUCUUUUUGGGAAUAUACCCUGUCCUUGAACCCACCAUUUUCUUUUGACUUUUUCCCGCUAUUAGAUAGUAGCCAGGGAAAUAUCAGAUGUUUUAGCUAAAUCUCUCUUUCCCAUCACCUCUGUCCCUGCUGUAUACUAAUUUAUAGGAUAAGCAGAUGAUUCUGUUGCAUUAGUUCUCACCCAUGCUGGAUGCAGAAUGUCUUGCUAACCCUAUCAGCCUCACAGUCCUCCGAGGAUCACUACUCUUCUGAUAUAGAUCACUCUCUGAAUCUUGCCCUCAAAGCCUCUCACUCUCAAGUCCACACACUCUCAAGAGGGCUCGGGCAAGCGGAGUUCAAUCAAAUGACAGCCUUUCGCCUCUGGUAAUGGACUACAUGCUCUGCUUUAAGACACAUACGAAGGAGCUUGCAAUGGAACACUUCUAUAUUUUUGAAGAUUGCCAUACUUCCAUAAAAUGUUCAAGAUAGUGAGCCUGACCUUUUAUAAGUGGCAAGAGCUAAAGUAAUGAUAAUUUCAAGGAGCAAGUGCCAGUUGUUUUGCUAUUAUGUGGAUUUGUCAUUUUCCUAGGAGGGCUGUAGAAUUGAUGUCUCAUUUUGACAGCUCUCUGGAGGUGUGAGAUAGACUUAAUUAGACGACCUACAAUGCAUUCACACCAUAAUACACUACAUUACUCAUCAAGUCAACCAUUUCUCAAAUAAAAAACAAGAGUAUAUGACCUAAACGAUUUAUGGAAAUUAAUGGUAGAAUGUCAGUGUUUGUGUGACAGAUACUAUUAACUAUUAACAAAGCCAUACUAUUAAUGCUUAUUUUUCUUUCUAAAAUAAUUUUUCUUUAACCUAAGCUGGGUACACACUGUGCACAAUUUUUCAUAUCCUUUAUGAUAGUUGCUUUUCAUAUUGUAUGAUGUAACCCCAGGGAGAUUUUAAAAGUAAAAUCCAAAGCAUACUAUGCAACGUUAAAUAUAUUUAUUCCUUGUCCUUAUCAGUUCUUAAUUUGUAUAACAAUCCCUUUCAUUUCUUUGCACUUUCAUGGAAAUGCAAGUGUGGCUGGAUAAAGAGAUCAUGAACUUUAUUUUUCACACAUUAUAGUUAAGCUUUUUAUUUUAACUGACAUAUUUGUAUCUGACUCAAAUGCAUCUGUCAUCAAUGGCUGUUACCUAAUUUGUCCUUCAUUAGAGUGCAAUUGUAGCAGCAAUUACUCAGCGGGACACAACAUUUAUAAUACUAUCAGAACUUCACUGGAAGCUAAAAUUCAUCUGAAAUUUAACGACUCUUACUAAACUGCCAGAGAUCAACAAGAGAACUAAAUGUAUGGCCACGCAGUGUGCACUCAGCUUUAGAUAUGAAUUGCCCUCCCUACCCACUCAAUGCAUACAGUCUUGUGCAUACAGUUUUGUGGUUUUCUGACUGAUUCCACGCAACAACAUUGUGGUUGUGACCCAAAUGAAUACAAUCACAUAAUACUGCUGUCACUAUGGGCAACCUUUUGCAGCUGUGUUACCUUGUAAAUGUUUGAGUAAAAUGCAACACUUUCCCCAGUGUUUGAAAGAGUCUUGUCGUUUAUUAGAAAGCAUA